AAAGUCUCCACUAGAUGGAGGAUUAGCUUUUACAAAAGAGAGUUUCGGCAAGCACUGGACAAUUGUUCGACAUAGGCUGUCCUCUUGAAAGGGUUGAAGUUUCAAGAAUCGAAAAUGGCAUCAAAAAUGAAUAAAGUAGUGGAAUUAUGCAAAGCUACUGUUACACUGUCGAAGCCUGUUCUCCAAAAAAUGGCAUAUUAUGGCAAAGUAGAAUUGGCACCACCAAAGAUUUCUGAUAUUCCAGCCAUUAAAAAUGGUAUCCAAAAUCUAGUGCAAUCUGCUAAAAGUGGAAAAUACAAAGAAGUUACAGUACGCGAAGCCUGGUUAAAUACUUUAGUUACCAUUGAAGUCCUAUGUUGGUUCUUUAUCGGUGAAUGUAUUGGAAAGAGACACAUUGUUGGAUACGAUGUUUAAACAUGUAUUGUAUUUCAUUUAUGUAGAUAUAAUAUUUGUAUAAGUUAUAGAUGCUCUCAUAAAUAUAUGAACAUAAAAAAACUCAAA